AUGCGCGUGAGAAAACGCCUUCUUCGCACCAUUUCGCACGAGCUCUUCGACCUCUUUUUCUUCCUCCUCGUCCUCGCGUACGUCCGCGUGGCGCCGUACACGAAAGUCGAGGAAUCGUUCAACACGCAAGCAACGCACGACGUGAUUUUCCACGCGAAUGAACUCAACGUGUGGGACCACAAAGAGUUCCCAGGGGUUGUGCCUCGGACAUUUCUCGGGCCGUUAGUGUUAGGAAAAAUGACGAAGAUUCUCGCGAGAGCGAUGGAGCUCGUCGUGAACAGUAAUCCGGUGACGAAACGCGUGUUUAGAAACGAGAAGAUUUGGGGCGAAUUGAAGCACUUGGUGGAGACUUUGAACGAGGAAGAGACGUUCGUGAGAACGAAAAUGCAUUAUCAAGUCAUAAUGAGGAUGAUUUUAGGCUGCGCGUCGACUCUUUCCUUGCACAAGUUUCAUACGGUAAUAGGGAAGAAUUUCGGGAACGACGUCGCGGUAUAUGCGAGCGCUCUCGCGUUGGCGCAGUUUCAUCUGGCGUUUUACGCUUCGAGGCCGUUGCCGAACAUUUUUGCGUUCGCGUUGACGACGUUUGCGUUGAGUUUAUGGUUAGAAGAGAGGAGAGGAUUAAAGAUUAAUAGUUCGGUUUUGGAUACUUUGGCGAUAAUGGUUGUGAGCAUGGUCGUGGCGGUAUUUCGGUGCGAUAAUAUUUUGUUGUUGGCGCCUUUGGGGAUACACGUGACGUUGUUUCGCAUGACAGAUAUAUACGACGCGAGUUUGCGGAUUAUCGCGAACGUUAUGGCGAUGGUAACCGUGAUCGUGGCAUUUGCGUACACGUCGAUUACGAUUGAUUCUAGACAUUGGGAUCAGGAAUAUUUAUGGCCAGAGUGGGAAGUGUUGUCCUUUAACAAUCCGAUGGGCGCGAAUCGCAGUCACCAUUACGGGACGAAACCGUUUUUGUGGUACGCGUAUUCCGCGUUGCCGAGAAUGUUAUUGAUUGCGUAUCCGUUGAGUAUGUAUGGGUUUAAACACGAACGCCGGUGUCGAUCGGCGUUUAUGAUCGCGUCGUUCUUUGUUUUCGCGUAUUCCUUUUUAGGACACAAAGAGUUGCGUUUUCUCUUCCCGGUCUUGCCUUUGUUCAAUUUCUGCGCGGCGUGCGGGAUGCACCGAUUGAAUUUGAACAGAAAGAAGAGCAUAAAGGGAAACUUUUUGCACGCGCUCGCGUGGAUGGGCGUUAUAGUCAGUUGUGCCGUAUCUAUUGGUGUAUUCGCCAAAGCGUCCAUCGCAAACUAUCCCGGCGGAGAAGCGUUGGCCGCCUUCCACGAGUUGAACCCGGAACACAACACCUUGGGCCACGUGAGAAUACACAUAGACGACCAUUGCGCGCAAACUGGCGCCUCUCGGUUCGGUCAAGCUUAUCACGAUCACAAUGUCAUCGUGUACAACAAAAGGCAAGACCACGAACACGAGGGUCAUUUACAUGCCAUGUUACACGACGACGGUUCCCGAGGGCACGAUUGGUUAAUCAACGAAUACAAAAAAAUGCCUGGGUAUGAAAUCAUGCGAAAUAUAACAGGGUUCACCGGCGUAAAACUGAACAAAAAGUUUCCAUUCUGGCCGCCGUUGCUGGUGGAGAAAGACGUUCGAGUGAAAGUAUGGAGACGGAGACACGGAGACGCGCGCCACUGGUUCGAAAAAAAUAAUCGGGAAGACGCGUUCGACCACCAGCAGGAAAUGAUUUGGGCACACUCCGGCGCUCGCCAACACGACGAUAACCAUCCGUACAGGAAAGAUCCAGGGAACAGACCAGAUUCAUGGACGAGUAGUGAUGAUGAUAGUUACAAGAAGAACAAAUAG